UUCCCCGAAUGUCGGCGUACGCAAAGAGAUGGACUAUCUGAGAAAAUAUCUGACCGGUCCUCAAGCCGAAGGCCAGCCCAGUGGGGCGGAAACGGUGGAGAGGCUUUGUGACAGAGCUCAGUCCUCAACACUACUGGAUGACAGGCGAGAUGCAGUUCGGGCACUCAAAGCCCUGUCUCGGAAAUUCCGCCUUGAAGUCGGUACACAGGCAAUGGACAUACUCAGAAAUGUCCUUGAAACUGACAGAAAUGACGCAGAGAUAACAGGCUAUGCUCUGGACACCCUGUGUAACAUCAUGAGUAAUGAACCUAUGGAGGAGGAGGAUGAAAUUCCUAAUCAUUUACCAGAAGAUCUUGGUGGACAGUUCACGGAAAUAUUUAUCAAAAAUACAGACAGUGUUUCUCUCCUCUUGUCAUUGCUGGAGGAAUAUGACUUUCAUGUUCGAUGGCCAACCGUUAAACUUCUGACCAUCCUGCUGACCAAUCGUGGUAAGGAAAUGCAGGAGAUUGUACUGGUCAGUCCUAUGGGAGUGUACAAGCUGAUGGACCUGCUUGUGGACAGCAGGGAAAUCAUCCGCAAUGAUGCCUUGUUAUUACUCAUCCAGCUGACAAAGGGCAAUGCAAACCUGCAGAAAAUUGUGGCCUUUGAGAAUGCAUUUGGCAGGUUAUUAGAUAUUAUUCACGAGGAGGGAAACAGUGAUGGAGGUAUCGUGGUUGAGGACUGUUUGCUGCUCUUGACCAAUCUUCUUCGGAACAAUUCCUCCAAUCAGAACUUCUUUAAAGAGGGCAGCUAUAUACAGAAAUUAACACCAUUUUUUCAACUGGAAUCAGGAGAAAUGAACACACAGGGGGGAUGGUCAGCUCAGAAAGUCACCAAUAUACAUCUAAUGCUACAGGUUGUCCGUACUUUGGUAUCUCCUAAUAACCCUCAGCAGCAGACAGUGGCCUGUCAGAAGGUGAUGAACACAUGUGGUUUACUACAGUUGUUAUGCAGCAUACUAAUGGCAAGCGGUGUCCCUGCAGAUGUCUUGACUGAGACCAUCAACACUGUGUCAGAAGUCAUUCGGGGAAAUUUAUCCAAUCAGGAGUACUUUGCUUCAGUCAUGGCUCCAUCCAGUCCACCAAGGCCUGCCAUUGUUGUGUUGUUGAUGUCCAUGGUGAAUGAGAAGCAGCCAUUUGUUCUGCGAUGUGCAGUGCUCUACUGUUUCCAGUCCUUCCUCUAUAAGAAUGAAGUGGGCCAGUCUCAGAUAGUUCAGACUCUUCUCCCCAGCUCAGCAGAUGUGAACACAAUAACAGCAGGUCAGUUGUUAUGUGGAGGGCUGUUCAGUGCAGACUCCUUGUCUAACUGGUUUGCUGCUGUGGCCUUGCUUCAUGCCAUCCUGGAAAACCCCACUCAGAAGGAACAGCUGUUGAGGGUACAGCUGGCCACCAGUGUGGGGAAUCCCCCAGUCUCCCUACUUCAGCAGUGCUGCAACAUGCUGGCUCAGGGUGGGAAGAUCCAGACUCGGGUGGGCUUGUUGAUGUUGCUGUGUGGCUGGACAGCUAACUGCCCUAUAGCUGUCACUCACUUUCUCCACAACACUGCCAACGUGCCUUAUUUAAUUAGCCAGGUGUCCUCAUCAGAAGGGGAGGAGCAAGAGGUCUUAGCACAGGGGCUCUGUGCUUUCUUAUUGGGUAUAUCUAUCCUCUACAAUAAUGAGGAGAAUGAUACCUUCAACAGAGCUUCAUUACAACAGAUCAUAGAAAAACGAAUUGGAAUGGAAACGUUCAAUGACAAACUGACUCAAGUAUACAAAAAUGAGAGUUAUACCAAAGCUGCCAAAAAACCGCAUCUGAACUACAAACAGCCAAACGAGGUCAUGUUUGACUUUGAGUUCACCAGGUUGUUCAAGACAUUAGAGAUUGAAGUAUUGCGGGCAGUCAAGCCUGAGGGAAAGGAUGCGGAGGAGAGAAGGAAGAAAAUGGCCAGUUUAAAAGAACAUGAGAGUAUAGUUGACCAGUACAAAGGCUUGAUUAAAGAACAGGACGAACAGUUAAAUACAACUAAACAGGAAUUACGCGAACUAAAGGAUAAACAUGAGAAAGAUGUGAAAGAAUUAGAGCAGUUAAGAGACCAAGUACAGCAGCUGAAGGAUCAAAAUGCUCUCAUCAAAGCCCAGAAAGGUUCACAGGGUGUCCCUGUAUUGGAUAACAACAAGCAGUCUGAAGAUGUGAGCAGGUUAAAAGAAGAAGUAGAGUCCUUAAAGGCACAAAUAGGAGAGAAAGAUAGUGUUAUAGAAAAAUUGAGAAAUGAUUUGUCAGUGAGUGAGGCUCGUGUCCUGGCCCAGACCAUAGAGAGUGAUGAGAACAAGGAGAACAACCCCAGUGAGGUAGCUGUCCUACAGAGCACUGUGGAGAAGACAAACGCUGAGCUACAGGACACACGCAAAUCCCUCACUGACAGACAGGAGGAGGUCUCCAGGCUGUCUUCACGAGUAGCCAUGUUAGAGAAAGAAAAAUCAGAGCUGGUCCAAAGGCUGUCAGAACAACCCAGUGAACAAGCUACAAAUACGUCAGAGUUGGAUGCUAAAGUUGCCAGCCUAACAAAGGAUCUGGAGAACAUCAGACAAGAGAAGGAAAGUCUACAAAAGAGAUUACAGGCUUCAGAAGAUGAAAAAUCAUCAUUAAAUGAUAAAAUACAGGAGUUAGAAAAAUCAAAGGUAGCUUUAGAAGAAGAAAAAGCAGAAGCAUUGGAAUCCUCAGAGUCUAUGAAGAAAGAACAAGAUGAACUGCUGGUUUUGUUAGCUGAUCAGGAUGCUAAACUAGCCACUUACAAGAGCAAGUUAAAAGAGCUUGGACAAGAGGUUGAAGAUGAUGAUGAUGAUUACAUGGAACAUGGCGAUGAAGACGAUGAAGACGAUGAUGAUGAAUAGAAGACCACAGUGUGUAUGUAGAUAUCAAACAGGCCCUAAUGGCUUUAUAUCAAGGAGGUACUUUUAACUGGGAACAAACAUUUUUAACACAUGAAGACAUACCUAUUAAUUGUUGUGUCAAUUUACAUGAAGUGACCAAAAGCAUGGUUUGGAGUACGUUUCAUGAUGAAUAUUGAGUGUGAAAACAGGAAAGUAAAUUAACGCCAUUUUCCCAAUGUAGACAAUAACAAAAAAUCAAUUUCAGUCUGUGAAGAAGAGAUGAAUGUGAAUGUUAAGGUAUAACUAAGUUUCGUGAAUAACUGAAGCACAUGAAUUCAUUAUAUUGCAUCAAUAAUACAGGCUAUUUGUCAUAGCCAUGAGUGUGUGAACAUAGCUCAUGAAAAUGGUAUGUACAUGUAGAUAGAGCUAUCUUAAUUGUCAUUAUGGAAGAAUAGUUGAGAACUUAAAUCUUGACUAAUGAAAGCUAAGUUUAUAUCACCCAAGUAUAUUGGAUGUAUAUUUGUGAUAAGAAUGUUGGACUUGGAAUCAUUAUCCUUAUUCAUUUGUGCCCCAUCAGACAAUAAGUUUCAUGUCGGAGUCUCCCUUUUUUAACCCAACUAUUUUUCAUUUAAAUUCUACGUAACUGUAAUAACCAGUGUGUAGACACCAUUUUCCAGUACAAAAUUCUAUGAAGCAAGGUAGCUUUUGCAUGUAAUGAACCUUUAUGAAUAGGCAUUUGUUAUAUCAAUUUUCCACUGGUUAGCUAACAUUAUAACAGUAUGCAAUAUUUGCUUUUAAAGGCCCUGCUCCAUUAAAAAAAAAAAUCUCACGAGAGUGGUAAGAUUUCAAAUCAUUACUUGCAGUAGUUAUUGUAUUUUUCAAUUUGGCUUCCUUUUUAUCCAUAUAUUUACUUGCAUGUUUUGUAUUUACAGCCACUCCCAUUUUCACUGUUUUUGUGACAUGUAACAUUUAUGUUAAAUCAUCAGAAUUGACAAAUUUACAAGUAGAUCAAUAUCUAUGAGCAAUUAUAGUAUGCUUACGUUAAUAAACAUUCAUUGUUUUACUGAAGAGAAAUUUACAUAGCUUUUACAAAAACUAUACAUAAUGUAAAUGGAUAGUUACUUCAGAAAUAAUAACAGCAUGUAUUGUCUAAGGGUGUUGGAAAAAUGUGGUUUGAUGACAGUUCAUCUGAUACAGGACGUGUAUUAGUCAUUCAUGUUUUGAAUUAAAAAUCAGAUUUUAUUGGCUUCAUUUGAAUUGAAAAAGACAUCCGAAUGCAUGUUUGUUGUGUUUGGUUGAUUUUUCACCGGCAGCAGUAACUGGUGAUAUUAAGUUCUGUGUGUUUCUAAGGAAAGUUAAAUUGUAAGUUUGCAAAAAUUUUUCAUCAAAUUGCCCUGUUUUGGCGUCGUUUUAAAGAUGCAAGUUACAGGUUUAGAGUUCCAUGAUGUACAUAUGUUAGAUUCCUUAGCUUUUUCAUGAAAGUGUUCAUGUUGUGAACACAGCAAGCAUCUUAUGUUUUGUAAAUGGCCAGGUUGAAUGAUACAGAGAUUGUGACACUUUGUACACCCCCAUGGCACCUUGUACAACAUUUAUGUUUAUGUUCACCUAACUUCCUACGUGCACAGUCGUGGCACUUUUUACAAUCUGUAGCACUUCAUACAACCAGUGCAUGGCACUUUACAAGGUGUGACAAUUCCUGGAGUUCAAUAGGUGCUAGAGGUCUCACGAACUCGAUUCAUCAUGUAAAUUGUACAUUCAAGAAAAUGGUGAUGGUAUUUUAAUUAUGUAUAUAUUAUUUAUGUAAAGUUAAGUAAUAAAUUUAACUAUGUAAUGGAAUGUUUUGUAA